CCUCCGGCCGGGAGGGACCCACGCGGCCCCCACGAGCGCCCGCCCGCCUCAGCGGCGGCGGCAGGACGGCUACUGGGCCCUCCCCGCUCCGCUCCUCCCCUCCCGCGUGGGGCCGCCGCGGCCCCGCCCGCCCGUGGCGCUGCCUCCGCCCGGCGGCCCGGAGCGCCCCGUCACGGCUGCCCGGUGGGUGCGCGCCCUCUCCCCUCGGCGGCAGCUCUGCCCGCGCGUUUCCCUCCCUCCCUGCCUCGCUUCGCAGGGCUAUGGCCGCUUCCCAUGCCGGUCGGCAGCCGCAAAAUGAUGGAUAUCGAACUUUAUCCUUGUCUGGGCAUGUUGGUUUUGGUAGUUUACCUGAUCAACUGGUUAAAAAAUCCAUCAAGCAGGGCUUCUGCUUCAACAUUCUUUGCAUUGGGGAAACUGGAAGUGGGAAAUCAACCUUGAUAAACAGUUUGUUUAACACCAAUUUUGAUGACCCUGUGUCAACUCAUUUUCUGCCAAGUGUACGACUUAGAGCCCAGACUUACGAACUCGAGGAAAGUAAUGUUCUUUUGAAGCUGACCAUUGUAAAUACAGUGGGAUUUGGUGACCAGAUAAACAAAGAAGAUAGCUAUCAGCCAAUAGUGGAUUAUAUAGAUGCACAAUUUGAAGCCUAUCUCCAGGAAGAACUGAAAAUUAAACGUUCUUUAUUUAGCUACCAUGAUACUCGCAUCCAUGUCUGCCUCUAUUUCAUUUCACCUACAGGCCAUUCACUAAAAACCCUAGAUUUGUUAACCAUGAAAAGCCUAGACAGCAAGGUGAACAUUAUACCAAUUAUAGGCAAAGCAGACAGCAUUUCUAAAACCGAACUACAGAAGUUCAAGAACAAAAUCAUGAGUGAAUUAGUUAGUAAUGGCGUCCAGAUAUACCAGUUUCCAACUGAUGAUGAAACCGUUUCUAAAAUUAAUACCAUCAUGAAUGGGCAUUUGCCAUUUGCUGUAGUAGGAAGUACGGAAGAGGUGAAAGUUGGAAACAAAAUGGUGAGAGCUCGUCAGUACCCGUGGGGCGUUGUACAAGUGGAAAAUGAGAACCACUGUGACUUUGUAAAGCUUCGCGAGAUGCUUAUUUGCACAAAUAUGGAAGACUUAAGAGAGCAGACUCAUGCACGACAUUAUGAGUUGUACAGACGCUGCAGACUGGAAGAGAUGGGCUUCAGAGACGUUGGCCCUGAGAACAAACCAGUCAGGCUUCCAUGUUCUAAGUCUUACGCAGCUAGAAAAACUGUAUGUCACAACUAUGCUUCUGUAGAAAGUCUACAGGAAGCCUAUGAGGCAAAGAGGAACGAGUUCUACCUUGAACUGCAAAGAAAAGAGGAGGAGAUGAGACAACAGUUUGUGCAGAGAGUGAAGGAGAAAGAAGCAAUAUUGAAAGAAGCAGAGCAACAGAUACAGACUAAAUUUGAACAUCGAAUGCUAAUGCAUCAAGAAGUGAAACUGAAAUUAGAGAAAAAGAAAAAAGUUCUAGAAGAUGAAAUAGCUAUGUUUAUUGAGAAGAAAGCUAAUGCUGAACUACUCCAAUCACAAGCAUCUGUCUCUACCCCUGUUGUUAGUUUGAAAAGAGACAAGGACCGCAAAAAGACCCAAGGUUUUCGACUUGAACUCCUGUGCUUUGAUGUCAGAGAUGAAGAAAUUGUGAAUGUUCACGAACAGAAUGAGAGGGAGAAGUUAGAGAGGGAGAGAAAUUCACCCAGGGAAUUCCAGAAAUAGUAUUUGGUUGCAGCACUCAGGUUUUGAAUGUAGCAUAUCUUAGUUUUAUGAAGCAGUCUGACCGCUGCUGUCCCAUAAUACUAGAUGUGUCUUCCUAGUGCAGACUUUUGAGAGGAGAGAUCGAUAAAAUUUGCUGUAAAAUUUCAUCGAGUGCAGAAUAUGAUCUGAUAAACAUUUCACUUUAUUGCCUCCCACCCACUUCUUUCUUUCUCCACUCCCAAAAGAAAAGCUCAAAUUGAGAAAUUUCAGAGAUGUAUUCAAAAGUAGUCUCCAGAAUAACAUGCCCAACUUCUUCAUAUAUCAACAUUGAAUUAAAUGUUCAUAUAUAAGCAUUAAAUUAAAUUUAAUUAAUUUUUUUUCUCCUCCAAAACCAGAAGUCAAUUAACCUUUCCUGAUAGGUUACAACUUUGCUGCAGAUAACAUUGUGUUGAUUAAUAUAUCACUGCAAUUGAAAGCAGAUUUUUUUGGUACAGAAAUUAUUCAUAACUACUAGAUCAUGAAAAACUUUAGAAGUUAGAUGGGUGCAAAUGUUUCCACAAAUAUCAAGACAGCUUUGGCAUUUUUGGGGUAUUUGCUAGAAGCCUGCUUGUGGUUUUGCCAAAAUGUAUUGCAUUUCAAGUAAUGUUACUGAGUUCCUUUUCCUAGACUCCUUUUUCUGGAUUUAUAUAUGACAGUGGAAUUCUUGGUAACAGAAAUCAUUAUCUGCACUAUUAUGAGUAACUCUCAACUUUAGAAAAUUUUUAGUUUUGUUUUCUCUGUUUUAGCUUUAUUUCUUCAGAAUAUGUUAGAGUUUAU